AUGGAAAACGAGCCUUCAAAAGAUUCAAAAGUGGAUGAUGAUGCCACCAUGAUGUCUGGCGAUACCGACAGUCCUUUGUCGUCUAAAUCAUUUAACGCCCUAGAAGAAAACAUCCCUCGAGGUGAUGAAACUGAGAAAAACAAAGAUGAUGAGUCAGAAACUGCGAACUGUAGUCCAACAACAAGAUUAAUUAUUAAUGCACAGCAAGCAAGCAAUUCUUCUAGUGUGGGCUCAUCGGAAUGUGUUGGUGAAACAAUCGAGAAGACAACAACACCACAAACAGAGAAUUCUGACCGUGAUAUCAUUGAAUCAACUAAUGAAUGCUUAGACUCAAGCUCAUCGGUGAAAGCAACCGAAGAGUCCGAGAAUCUUGCGGAGGCAAAGAAAAAUGAUAUACCGCAAGCAGAAAAUAUUUUUAUUGCUGAAAUGCUGAGAGAGUACUUGGAAGAAUUCGGUCGUCGUACCUCAGAAGAUGAAGAAUCCUCAACACCGGAACCAGACGAGAGCAAUCAAAUUGAGGAAAAAGCUUCAAACAGCUCUUUCACAUCUGAGGUGCUUCAGAAAUUGCUAGCAGAAUGCGGUUGUCCUGCUACAGAUGAUGAGGAUUCAUCGCCUGAAGCAGAAGAUAUUAAUCAAGAUGAAACAGGAACAUCGGAUAACUUUUUCUCAGCUGAUGUUAUAAAGAAACUGAUGAAAGAAUGCGGUUGCCCUUCGACGGAUGAUGAGCAAUCAGCUUCACCUGAAGGAGAGAAGAAAAAUAACGAUGAAGCAAUUGCGUCAAGCAGCAGCAUUUUCACAACUGAUUGUCUGAGGAAGUACUUGGAAGAAUGUGGUUGUCCCAUCUCAGACGAUGAUGAUUCAUCGACUACCGAUCCAGAAGAUAACCAAGAUGAGCCAGAAACGUCGAACAACUUCUUCGCUGCAGAAGUACUGAAAAAGUUCAUGGAACAGUUUGGAGACCCUGUCGCCGACGAUGACAAAGCAUUUAAUGCGGAAGGCAAAAGAGAUUUCUCCGAAUUCACGCCUGAAGCAUUGAGUCAGUUCUUAGAAGAAUGUGGAAAAAUUACUAUGGAAAACAAUAUUCCAUCAAUGCUUCAACCAAGUAGUAGUUCGAAAAAUGAAGCAGCCAGCUGCUCAAAUUCUUUGGAGGUUUCGACAAAUGAUUUGGAAAAGCAACCGCGAAUACCACCGUUGAGAUUGAAAGUGGUGGUAUCCCAAAAGGAAGGAUCAACGGUCCCGGAGUGUUCCAUCAAUUCAUGUUCGACCUCGACAAAAAACGUGAUGAAAGUGCGUGUUGUCAAAGAAGGUGAUAAGACAAAGCAGUACGUCAUUGGAGUGAAUGGCAGAUGUAUCGCCCAACGUUCCCGAAACUUCCGACAAAAGGGUAUGGUUGAUCCUGAUCCGUCAUCUGCUAAUAUUCCUGCUGUUGUUGACAACGAUGCUGAUGUUGCUACUAUUCAAAAGAGCGUUCGGGAAUCGUCCGAGACAACUUUAACAGCAUUGAACCCACCAAUUAUUAUUGAGCAAGACGCGAACACUACUAUUUGUCAAGAUGAGCAAUCACACACCGAAGUUAGAAACGCAGCGACAUCAACGGGAGAUAUAGCAGAUGAUUCAAGCGACAUCAUAGAUGUAUGCGGACUUGAUGAUGAGCCUAGCUGCGCACUAGCAUGUACAGGAGAAGUUGGUGAAGCAUCAGGACAUGACGAAGAGGGAGGAGGAACAUCAGGAAUAGUAGAAGGAGAAGGUGGAGGACACUCUGGUGUUGUCAAUGGUGAAGGGCAGUCGGGAGAUAUCGAUUUGGACAUUGACACAGAUAUAACAAUGCAUACUCGUAUAAAUUAUUCACGCGCUCGCAAACUUUGCCCUCGUCAUCAGCACAAAGUGGGAACACGCCGACGAAUCAUGAACACCGUAUCAAUUCAAACGGAUGAAACCGCAGAGUAUGGGCCUCUUGUUCUUGACCCUGAUGAUCCAUCAAGUUCGGAAGGCUCUCUUCGAUUAAUGAUUCAGAAUUUCCGAAAUAUGGGUGAUACUGUUCGCGGUCCGACAAAAAGAAUUCAGAAUGUUGCAUGGCGAAUAAUGGUGAUGCCACGUCAGCACGUAGUACAAAAAAAGGGAACUCAGAAAUGUCUUGGAUUUUUCCUUCAAUGUGUUCCUGACGCAUAUUCAGACACCUGGUCAUGCCAAGCAGCAGCAGAAUUGCGUUUGAUGUCGCAAAAACCUGGAGUCCCACACUUUACGCGUAAAACAAAUCACGUAUACACUGCGAAGGAAAAUGAUUGGGGAUAUUCGUGCUUUAUGACAUGGACAGACAUUUUGGAUGAGGCACAGGGAUACCUUAAGGAUGAUCGUGUCGUUCUCGAAGUUCAAGUCAAAGCAGAACCGCCAAAGAACAUUGUUGGCCUUGAAGAGUUUCGCAAGACGGUUAACAGUUGGUACGAUCUUGCCGAACUUCAGUAUUCCCGCGGAAAAAUCGAUUUGGCCAUUGAAGCGAAUGCGCAAGGUUUAAAAUAUUGCAAAGACAAGGAUCCAGAAUGUCGUCGGAAGUUGGAUGACCAGAAGACGUAUUUUAUUGAAAUGAAAUUGGUCGAAUCUAUUCAAAGAAUUGAAAGUGCAGCCAAAAGACAUCCAAGUGAUAUGAAAACCGAUGGAGACUCUAUCAGUAAUCAAACUGCUCUUCGGAUGGCAUUGACUUCUAACAACAGGAACAAAAAUAAAAACAAGAAGUUCCUGAAGAAUAUGCGACCACGUGCACCAACUCCAAAUACACAGUCAAAAGUAACAACAAAUACUGUAGUUAAAGCGGAAAACGCUAAGACUGUUCAACAAAAGCAGGAAGCAGUGCAACAGAAGCAGACGAAGCAGGCUCAACCAAAAACUCAGCCGAAGUCACAAACUCAAAAGAAGCAGGAAAAUCCGCAAAAGAACACAGACGAAGCUCAAAAACUGAAACUUGACGAAAAGAAGAAAAUGUCUGAAAAGAAAGAAUUGGUCGAAGAUAAGAGGACUGCAACAGUUCGAGUUGUAGCGCCGCUGAAAAAAGUUGAACUCGUCAAGCGGAUUGAGUUUGCACGAAAAGAUAUCCCUGAAAUCAAGGGAAAUGUAAUUGAAAGCCGUCCAAUAAAGAAGGAUGAAAAGAAGGCUGAUAAAACAAAAACCGCCGAGAAGGCGAAUGCCGAAAUAAAGAAAACUACAGACCAAUUGAAGACAGAAACGCCGAAAACCACAGAAAAGGAAAAGAGAGAAGCUACAAAACCAUCGGAUAAUGUAAAAACAGAGUCACAGAAAUCCUUGGAGAGGAAGAAUAGCGAUUCUGAGAAAUCUGAGGAAAAGUCGAAUGCCGAAUCUCAAAUAUCGGUGGAAAAGGCACAAACCGAAUCACAGAGAUCUGCGGAGAAUGUUGAAGAAAAAAAACCAGUAGAAGAGAAAAAAGCGAUCGCAGAGAACCGAGGAAACGCACCUAAAUCGGAAGAAAAGCCUAAAGUCGAUAAAGCGAAAUUUGUCGAAAAGCCCAUUCCAAUUACGAAACCGUUAAUCGACAAGAAUCAGAAGAAACCCGACAGGAAAGCAAAUGAAGUUGUUCAGCAAGGCUGUUUCAAUCCGCUACUUUUUAAUGGAACCAAUCCUAUGUCGUGGGCAAAGCGAUCGAAAGCUGAAGAUGAAUUAUUCACCGAAGUAGCUUUUCAGUUCAGUGAUUUUGAAGAUUCUCCACGAAGCAGGGAGCACUAUGUGAAUAGAAUUUUUAAAUACAUGGCAGAGCAAAUGCGUACGUUGGGAUCUCUUGCUGGACAUUUGAAGAAUGUUAAGCACUCCAUUAUUUUACACAACAUUCAACAACUGCAUCAUUUCGCUGAUAGUGCGUUCGAUAUUGAACUUCAGAGACAGGCUACGAUUAGAAAGGCCAUUUCCAACGCCAAAGAAUAUAUGAGGCGAUCCAACCGAGGCUACAGAAAGCUAACUAUCGAGGGAGAUUCAACCGAUUGGGACGUAGGCCUGCUCUUUUCGGACGAAAAGAUUAUCUAUCGAAGAGACAUCAUUGAACGCGAGUCGACCUUUUUGGAUGGCAGAAUUCGAUUGUUCUGGGAUGCAUUGGGUGGAAUGCAAAAAACGCUUAUGAAAAUUGAAUGCGAGGCAGAAGAAGCGGCAUCGACUUCAUCGGAAAAUGACGAACGACAGCAUGACGGGUGCCCAAAACCAAAACGCUCAAAAGUUGAUUUGUCUUUGGAAUGCGAGUAUUGCAUCUAUGAAUCGCGAAAAAUGGUGGACAAUGAGGCGCAAACUGACUUUUUGCUAGACUGCGAUGGAGAGAUUGAAAAUCAGAUGUCUAAAACACCAAAGAUUAUCAUCAAGACAAAAGAAAAACCAGCGCAAAAAAUAGUCGAAAUUAAGAACGAGAACCAUACUGCCCUUGAUUCGCCAAACCUUCCGGAUAUAAAUAAUUCUAGUAUCAUGGAGCUUAUUCACCCUUUCACCAUUAAAGAAGCAAAUGGUGAACCAACGUCGGAACAAGCGAUGGGCGCUCUUAACCUUUUGGCAUUAAAUAUUACAAGCACUCGUCAGGUUAUUAACAAAGCCGAGGAAAUUUUGAUGGUUCUCGCUCAUAAUCAACCGGACGAUCCGUUGAGAAAAGCGUUGCGUGACAUUUCAAAAUUGGCCGGAAUCGCUUAUAUCGAAAACGAGGAAAAAUAUCGUCCAGUUAGCCCAGUGCUUUUCGAGCCAUUUACUGAUGAGGACUGUUCAUAUCUUAAUAACAAAGUGCUUAGUGGCCACCACAAGGAAAAAAAGAUUAUGACCGCACAGAUUCAGAAGCUUGAGACUUAUAGGAAUAAGUUCUUGAACUGUGUGUUUCUUGAUCGCGACGAUUGUGAACGGCUUAUUCGUGGAGCUCAAAUUAUUCACCAAAAAAUGGUAGACUACGAGAAGAAGAUGAAAGAAUUUCAAAGAGUUAAUGAUGAGCUAGAUGCGAGACAUAGGAAGGCUGAGAAAACCUUAAAGGAUGAGGUGAAGCAAGCAAAGUCUCAACAUAAUUCUGAGCGCGAUAGAAACAACCAAUUAAACAAGGAGCUCAAAGAGAAGAACAAGCUUGUUAAAAACUUGGAAAACAAAGUCAAUUCUCUUCAGUCCGAGAAGGAAGACGUUGUUGAAAAGCAGAAACAGCUGCAAAAAGAGCUUCAAGGAGUCCAGAAACGUGCCAGUGAUGACGCUCAGAAAUACAAGCGGGAAGUUCAUCAACUCACUGAUCAAAAGAAACACCUGCAAUCUGACAUGUCUUCAAUUUCAACGGAAAACAAGCAGAUGCAUAAUCAGCUGGAUGAUAGAAUCAAAGAAAUAAAGAAACUAAAGGAAGAGCUUGCCACAGAAAAGAACAAAGUAAACCAAAUCAACAAAGUUUCUCAAGAACAUCAAGAACGCGCAAAGAGGGCAGAAAUUUCUCUUCUUCAACAUCAGCUGGAAUCUGGAUUGGCUAUUCUUGAUCGCGCUCUUUUGGAUGCUCGUAAGAAAAUGAAAGAAAUGGAUGACGCUGCUAGCAACAGGGCUCGUUCGGCCAACGAAGUCAGCAUUUGUCUUCAAUCUCGCGACGAAUGGUCACAGAUUAUUGAUACUAUUACGAAGUCUAUUGAAAAAACAAAAGCCGAACACGAAGCACAUAUCGAAUUAAUUAGAAACGGCAAAUCCAUGGUCUCACUUCCGACUUUGGUUGUUCCAAAGCCGCCACCACCACCGCAAAUUGUAAAAAUUGCUCCAAUAGCUCCAGUUGAGCCAACGAAGCCAACCCCAGGUGUAAUUGGAUCACGUCCUCAAAGCCAUAUCGGUCAGGUUUCUUCGUCUGCGACGACAGCUCCCCAGUCGUCUACUGCUUCACGCCCAAUCUCUCCCGGAAGCCGUGCACCUGGAUCUCCAAUUAAUGGAAACAAUAAACCGUCUACUUCAAGUUCACCAGCUCGUCACGCGCCUAUCGGAACACGUCCAAACGGAACAGUUGUUGCUGGGUGUAGUGCAGAAUCGAAUACCAUCACUUCAACUAACAACCCGUGGACAUGGUCGGAUUCAUUGUCUACUAUAACUGAGUCUAUUAAUCCAAGCAAGCGUUUUGGAAACGAAGAUCGAUCAAACUUCUUCAGCAAUGAUCUUUUCACCAGUCUUUCAAGUCUCAGCUCACCGUGGGCAAAUGAUGAUCAGUGGAAUACCACCAUCAAUAAUUUGACGUUGAACUUGAACUCAACAACAUCAAGCUUCUUGAACCCGCUAAAUAUUCAACAAUCUCAUCAACAGUUCCAGUCUCUAGUUGGCGUUAUCGCUAAGAAACUUGGAAUGGAAUUUGGGAAAACGAGCGAAUUGAUCUCUGAUUACUGCCGCGAUCACAAGAUUCACUAUCAAGUUUUGUCGAACGACGAGGGAAUUAUCGAGAAAAUCCGGGAGUAUUACAAAAAACGACUUCAUCAUAUGCGUAUGAGCGCACCUCCAGGUGCCGCUCCCGGCUACAUGUCAAAUUCGCUUGUGUCAGUAAUGGAACGCAGUCCGUUCAAUCUGAUGGGCGAACAGAUGAAUCCUAUGAAUGAUCGAUCGGGAAGUUUCCCUGGAAUGGAGAAAUGGCCAUUCGCCUCAAUGAAUGCUCAUCAAAUAAUAACAGGAGCUUUAAAUGAGGGUGAACAUGUAUAUGCAAUAGGAUACAUCGAAGGCUUGAUUUUCACAGCAUGUGCUGUCGGUUCAGAUGUUGUCAUAUUGGAUUCUGACUUCAAUCGUGUACAAAUAAUUCCCGAAGUUGAGAAGAACUGCUUAGUAACCAGUAUAAGUUGUUGUCAGGAAACUGGUAAAAUAGCAGUCACCUAUGGCAAUGUUGUUCGAAUCCUGGAAGCAAUUAGCGGUGGUGUGGACAAAUCCAGAUUGAAAAGCGCAAUUUUUCAAUUUCUAUGGGUUGAGACACAUUGUUUUUGUGUUAAAGAUCAUAUUACGUCAGUAUUAUGGACCAUGGAAGGUAUGCGGAUGCUGUUCGUCAUUAAAAAUGAAUUGGUGCUCUAUCAACAUCGAAGCGUGAGUAACGUAAAUUGUGGUGGUUCGAGUGCAACUGUUAUGUUUUCCAUCGCCGAAGAGGAUGUAAAAGAGUCUCAGUCGUGGGAAACCAUAUGGUCAUUUGAAAUGUCAAAUAAACCAAAAUAUAUUCGAUAUUCUCCCGAUGGUGCAUACCUUGCCAUUUGUGGAACCGAUGAUGCCACAAUAAAAGUAUUCUAUCAGAAUAAUACGCGUCAUUCCAUAAGUUUCACAUAUCUUACAUUAUCCCACCCAACAACAGUUUGCGGAUUUGAAUGGCGAAAAACUGGACGAUAUAUGCCAAAAAAGUUCAUUCAAGCUGCCCUUAUUUCAUGGUGUACGGAUAAUACGUCACGCAUUUGGAAAGAAACCCCGCCGGUUGAAAUGUCGAUGAUAGAUUUGACAGGAGAAGGAGGAGGCGAGCCGUUAUGGGAAAAACAGAAAUCUCGAAAGUUGUUUGGGAAACCAAUUAGAGUGAAGAAAACGAAAAAUAAGAUAUUGAGCAAGCUGAAGAAUAUAUUACCUGAAAAAAAGCAAAAAAUGGAGGAUAAUGCAAUUGGGUUGCGAGCUCAGAUCGGGAAAAGUACAUCCUUCAGUGAAUUGCACAAUCUCAAUAUGGAGCACAUUGAUGUUCAGUUUCAUCUUGCCGCAACGGUGAAUGCGGAAACAGAUUGUCUACUUGUUCCAUCAAUGGACUCUACGCACCGAAAACCACUAUGUGUUCAUUGGCUGAACAAUAAAGAACUUGUUUUCAGCGUUGGUGCUGAAAAACUUCUUGCGGAAGCUGUUCUUAUGGAGAAUGAGUCCUCUCGUACAGGCUCUCAGCCAAUAUCAAUGGAAUCAUCUCCGGACCGCGAGAUGACUCAACAAAUUGCUAACGGUCACAUUGGAAAUGAUCGGCCGGGAAGCGCAUUUUGUGGCAGUGUUUGCUCUGAUACUCCGUCAAACAAAGAUAUUCUUGAUGUGAAAUUUGAAAUAUUGCUUCGGCAGUGGACCAAGACAAACGAUGUUCUAUUCACAAUUCACCCAAUUGACGGAAGUCUUCUCACAUGGACUGUGGAAUGGCUUGAUGAUCAUUAUCGCCAGCCAGUGAUCUCGUAUAGUUCACGUCUUCCAAAUGCUCUUCCUCAUAGUGAUGCAGUAUCUCUUCACUCAAAUUUGAGCACUUUCAAUCCUCAUGAACCAAUAUAUAUCAAUGUUCUUCGGCGGAAUGUUGAUGAGAAAGAGAAUGAUGUAGUUCAUGAGAAACUUCUUGAACAACAUGUUUCUAACACCAUUCACAUUCUAACAUCUCAUGAAAAUGGAACGUUGAAUCUUUGGCAUAUGUCGGUUGACGACAAGAGCUGUUUCUCCCAAGUACUGAACAUGACCCACAUAUCUCGAAUGUGUGGUCAUCGGUUCAAAAUCCAGCAGGUCGUAGCUCAUCCUGUUCUUCCACUCCUUCUCACAACAUCCAACUUCGAGUCUAAAAAUUCGGCGAUGGAUUAUACAUCAGAAGUUAUUCUUUGGAAAAUUGCCCCCGUAGGGCCUUUAUGCAAAAGCGGUGGUGUAAAAGAAUUGGCGAGGGUUGCUAGUCCGCUUGCAGAGGGAUUUUCGACGCUAGGAUGGGUUCCGGCAAUUUUGCCAAGCUGCACAUUAGGAACUGUUUGCAAUUCACCGUCGUCCUGUUUUAUUGCUAGCGAUGGCGAGAAACUUGUAAUAUAUCAGGCUGUAAUUGAUGCACGGGGUCUUCUCGCCGAACUUUCCAACGCCGAUGCGGCAUACAACAAGAAUAAGUUCCUUGACGAUGAUGAUAGCGAUAGAAUGCUGAGAACACCUUCACCACGACGAUCAUUUGCUCCAUCGUUUAUUCGUGAAUUCAAUGUGGUUUCUACGCAAUCGACAGCCAAGCCGGGUUGCGUGCUUGAAGUUGGGCUCAUUGAAGAUAACUUCUUGAAGAAUGUUAAUUUGACAUUCCUGCACGUUUUUCAAGCGAGAUUAGUCAUAAGAAAUGAGGAAGAGUGGACGAACCCUGAUGGCACCGUUCCAUUGGGAAGUGUCAUCGAUCGCAGCAAAACGACAGCAUUCAAAGAUGAAUAUUUCAUCGUAAUGGUUGAUCAUGAAGACACAAUUUUGAUGUAUUCACUCACUAUAUCGUCCCAGCAACCGCAGCCAAUUCCUAAUUUUGACACCGAAAUUUUGCCCGAUGAGAAGGGACUUUUACGACCUGCUAGUCCUAUGGCUCCCUCCAUGGCAAAACUGAAAUUUGAGACCAAACUUGUUUGCCGCCAAAAAUUCCCAUUAGCAAGUGGAACUCGCAUUAAAAACGUAACACCGGCGGCUGGACAUCUAUCAUCAUCGUCUUUGUAUCCGGCAUGUGAGACGCCAUAUGUUCUCAUUACUUCCGAUACGGAUGACUCCGUUCGAUUCUGGAAAUGCGUUAAGAACCAGGAUAACAUUGAUUCGACAGAUAUUUAUGAGUGGUGUGAAUGGAACAUGAUCAGCGAGAAUCGACCAAGUGAACUUGGAAUGGAGGGAGCGGUUUAUGAUAUCACAGCUGCACACAGCGGGAGAAUUGCAUUGGCUUAUGAAAACUCCGGCGCCAUUACUAAUGACAUGAAUUGUAUUGAAGUAGCGGUAUUUGAAUGUGAAUCAUCAGGUGGAGUUGAAUGGCUAAGAGAAGAUUCAUUUGAGAUCAAACAAAGCAAAUUUUUAACAAUGCCCAGAGCACAUCAGGUUGAACUUUCCAUGUAUAAUCAUCCAGAACGACAAAGUGAACUUCUCCAAGCCAUGCAACAACGACUGAACACUGGACCAGUUAAGGGACCCUCGCCUGAUUUGAAACGUGUUAUUGAAUCUGGAAUUGCACCUGCUACACGUGAUGUUCAAAUUGAUGUCAACACAAUGGUUAAGUUGGAUUGGGUGUCGACAGAAGAUGGUGGACAUAUGCUGACAGUUGGAUUUGGAGCUAAAGUUUACAUAUAUACUCAGGUGUCUCAUGAUCCUGCUCAACAAAAUGUUACCUUGAUGAAGGAGAGCGAAACAAGCAUGCGCCGUCCAUCAUUGAGAAAAGCUUCAUCUCUUCUUCCUAAUAUGCAGCCUCACAGCCGCUUGACUAAGUGGAUUUGUUGCCGCGUAUUGAGUUUGGACUCUGCUGAUGGUCUUCCUCCAAUUCCUACAUCACUGAGCUGGGCGAGAGACGGAAUAUUGAUCGUAGGAAUGGAGAGUGAGAUGAGGGUGUACAAUCAAUGGAAUUUUGAAACUCCAAAUGAAAACAGUGCAGUGAAUCGUCGCUCAACAAAUCCGCAUAUUGUCAGCCUUCCAGUUUCUACCUCACAUUCCAUGUUGGACCAAGUUAACAAAAAGAAAGAAGCUCUUGCUUCUAGUAGGAGCCGAGUUUUCCUUGAUCUUGUUUCCAAUAUGCACAGAAGUCACAUGAAAGAUGGUGAUUCCCAACUUGUUAUGGAAAUUAUUGCAACGGAAGGAGCUUUCGAAGCUGCUCACUUAUGUUCUCCAAUUCUUCCACAAUAUCAUCCAAAACAGUUGAUUGUGCUUCUAAACGCUGGAAAAACAAAACGCGUCAAAGCCAUCCUUUUGCAUGUUCUUACCAGUUUAAAGCAGAGACAAGUUUCGGUUCACAAUCCUCUUUCGAGAGCAGCAUCGUUGCGAAGAAUGUCUACUGUUGAUGGAGUUGAAGAGCAGGCGAACAGAGAUACCAUUAUUCCAAAGUUCGAUGAAGAUUCCUUGGAAUAUGAUGAGAUUGAUGAUAUUCCUCCUCUCCCAUUGUAUGCUUUGUUGGCUGCCGAUCAUGAUAAUGAGCAAAUCGGCGAAAAAGCGGAAAGUGUUAUGACUAAGGAUGAAAAUGAAUAUGACGAUUUGUUUGAAGAUGAAACGGUUCCAGAUGACCUCGAUGAUAUGCUGAAAGAUAAUGAUGGAUCCACUUCUCGAUCCCGCUUACAGUCUUGUGGAAGUGGUGACAUUAAGCAGGAGAAACUAGUAUCCACAGUGUUUACUGCAAAGCACUAUCGGAAGCUGACAGAAUUGUUAACACAUACACAUCUUCCUGGAUUAUCCAGUGUCGAUCAAAUGCAUCUUCUAGCCAUUGCUGACACAUUGAGUCAUUUCACAAGUGAUGUUAUUGACAAACUUACUCAAGCUAAUGCUGCGAUGCAACCAGUCAUCCAAUCCGUUCUUGGAGAUUCAGCUGCCGGAGGGUACGCUACUGCCGCAGGAGGAAUGGAAACUGUCGAUGAAUGUGGUCUUCGUUACCUAAUGGCAAUGAAACAACAUGAAUACCUCCUUGUUUGUCUUCCGUACAAGCAACGAAUGGAACUUAAGAAAACUGGACUUGCCCCAGCUCAUAUUAUCUGGGCGCAGCAUUCUGAGACCGAAACUGAACUAUUAAACGCAGUUCCCGGAAUGCAGAAAGCGGCAGCAACUUGGGAAGAACUUCGUGCAUUGGGGAUUGCGUGGUGGCUUAAAAACACUGCUAGCUUAAGAAUCUGUGUCGAGAAGCUGGCCAAGGCUGCUUUCCAAUUGAACCAGGACCCUAUGGAUGCUUCUCUCUACUAUUUGGCAUUAAAAAAGAAAAAUGUAAUGACACAUCUCUUCAAAACCACUAGAAAUCAAAUGAUGACGGAUUUCUUUAUGAAUGAUUUCAAUAGUGAACAUUGGAAGAAGGUUGCUGCUAAAAACGCGUUCGUUUUAAUGUCAAAGCAACGUUUUCACCAUGCCGCCGCAUUUUUCCUUCUCAGCGGAAGCUUAAAAGAUGCCAUUCAAACAAUUCUUGCCAAAUGCAACGAUCUUCAACUAGCUUUAGUUGUUAUUCGUCUUUAUGAGCAAGAUAUCGACGUGCAACAAACCAUGAUCAAAGAAAUCCUUUGCCGAGAGGUAUUAGGAAUGUCACCUGAUGAAUUUGAAGCCCAACGUGGAAAAACUGAUGACGACGCUACUCUUGGAAUUCAUGCUUCAAGGGAGCCAUUUGUGAGAUCAAUGGCGUUCUGGAUGUUGAAAGAUUAUAGCAGAGCGGCACAUACGUUGGUACAAGAGGCACAUUCGAAUCGAAAUCAUACAAGCCUUUCGGAUAUAUUCAACUUCUACUCAUUCCUUCGCAAACAUCCUUUAGUUGUUCGACAGCGAUUAACCGAUGCAGGAGUACAAGUUGGAUCAACUGAGAAGUUUUUAUCAAUUGGAAAACAGCUCGAAAGUAUAGUAAUUCCGCCGGAAAGGCGGUUAUUCUUCCGAACAGCUGCCGAACAUAUGGCUCGAGGAUGUCCGAUGCUAGCAUUAGAUGUUUUAAGUAGAUUGCCAAGAAAAAUCAGUAUGGUUCAAGAUUAUAACGAUGCGUUAAAGGCAUUCCUUGGCGGCGGAAACGCACAGACAAACGAACCAGAUCUCGAAACGGUGGAAAAUGUUGAUUGGAGUGCACCAACAAAUGUUGUGAAAGAUGACGAACUGGAUCUUAAAUGGAGUGAUGAUGAGGAAGAAGAAAUCCAAAAAAUUGACGAAGAAGCUCACGAACCAGAAUCUACCAAUGAAACAAAACAACUGACAUUUGACACAGCCUUGGAUAUUGACACGUCUGGUCUUACGAGCAAUCAUCUCAUUGGAACUAUGGAUAUUUUCGCACAGCAUUUGAAAUUUGUUGCUUCACUACGGAUUCUCACAGAAGAGCUUUCAACUCUUGCUAGUGGCUUUGAAGUGGACGGCGGACAGCUGAGAUUUCAACUAUUUAAUUGGAUUGAAAAAGAAGUUGAAGUUCUCAAGCACAGUUGUGAUUAUCGUGUUAACGUCGAUUUGGAUGACUCAGCUGGAUUUGACGAGGAGGAGUCAUUUGUUGAAGGCUAUAAUGAAAAUAGCCCAGUUGCGCUUCAUGAAGCAUUAAAGAUGGAUCGAUCAGAAAUGAUUGCAAGAAUCAAAAUUUGCUCAAGGAGAAGAAAAUGGCUCACGGCGAACCAAAAACUUCUUAGAUCGUUUACAUCAUUCUGUGCCCUUCAUUCGGCUCAAAAUCACCGUUUGACUUCAGCUCUGAUGGAACUACUUCUACUGCUCUUAGAAGUACAGAAAGAUACUGGCGUCCAGCACUUGAAUGAACCAAUUCCGGAUAUGAAUUCAUUACCAUUGAUUGAAGCGUCUGUUUCAUCGGCAAAAAUGUUUGUAUCAUCCCCACUAGCAUUCAUCGAAAACCAAUGUUCCGACCUUCUCACGACAGUCUGCGAAAUGCACGACGUACCCGAUAUGAAUAAAGGACUGCAAAAAUGUUAUAUGCUUUAUAAUUUGUGUCAAGGAUUGUCAUCUUGCCUUUACCAAUCACUAAGUGACGUAGACCAACUCAGCGGUGAUCAAUUUCGCUUUGACGGAAAACCGGGAAUUCUAACUAAGAGAACAAGAGCUGUAUCAAUGUCAACUGAAGACAUGCGUGUAACCACUGCGCCAGUGAAAUGGCCUGGUGUGGAAUGUCUGAUCGCGCUUCUAGGACGAGAGAAAGAUGACGAGGCUCCACAUCUACGCCUUCUUCUUGUAGAAUCUUUUGUUGCAAUAACAAUGUCAUUGUUCUGUUUUGCUAUUGCUGCAUAUGAUUCAAGAUGGUUGUAUCGUCUCAGUGCUCAUGAAAUCGAUCCUAGCAAAUUUGGGUUGAUCUUUGGCGGAGGUGGAGAAAAGCGACUAAAGACAAUCCCACCUGCAAGACCCCCAAGGCCGACAUCUCCAAGGAUCAAAAAACCUUCAGAAAGCGAAUCAAUCGAUGGAAGUACUUUGAGAUCACGGCUGAAUUUGAGAGUGUUUGGACCGGAUUCAAGUCCUGCCCAUGUACAACAUUCGCCUGUGAACGAGCAAAUCAUUUCGAAAUGGAUUCCGCCACAGAAAAACAUUGUACAAUUAUAUGCCGAUCGACCAAUAAUUGCUGGAACGGAAGACCUCGGAAUAAACUAUGAUUCUGAUGAUGAGGAGGAUGAUGAGAACACACGCAGUGAUGAUGGUGAGGAUACCAUGAAGUGCGAAAACGCCGAUCCGAACUCAUUUGCUUGGCAAUUGUUGCGAUUGGCAUUGAUUCAACAACACCUGUACCGUCUUCGUCAGUUUUUGAUCCUUGCAGGAUAUGAUCCAAAUGAAAUUCCCGCUAUAGCUCCACGCAUCGAAGCAGUUCUUCGUCAGCUUGAAAAUUGGAGUGAACAACAAGAACAACGCCUAAAGGAAUUCCCUGGUGGUAUACCUAGUGAUCUUCUUCCCGAUAUGACACUUGACUUAUCCGAUCAACACCUUGCUGCGACUAUGAAGAAAUAUUCGGUCAUAGUCAAGCCAAAUAAUACACCAUUCGAAAGUGAUGAUAAAAAAGUGCAGCCUAUUCAACGGCUUUGGGCAUUUCUGGUACGAGAGGAUCACCUACAGGAAAUCUUCAUCAAAUACAUUUUUGCACAGCAAUGUCAAAUGGAAAACGCAACUAAUCGUAUUGACAUACUCACUGGAGUUGAUCAACAUCAAACUCUUCCCGAAGCGUUCAAGAUAAUUCAAAAAGACAACGAACCGAUUGUAGCGUUCGGAUGCAAUCAAGAAAGCCCCGGUGGAUACAUCGUCGUUUCUAAUGGAAGGGAAUUGCAAGAAAUGGAUAUAUCAGACAUUUUCGAGGAUCAGUUGGAUAAAACUUCUUGGAUGUGGAAUAGAGCUGAGCUUGAUAUGAACAAUAUUCAUCGAAAACGGGAUCCAAUUCGAGAUAAUGAUGAUUAUCAACUUUUCACAGAAACGAUACCGUCAACAAAUCCAAGAAAUACAAAUGUAAUUCUCAAGCGCAACGUUGCUGGAGUUCGCAGAAUAGAUUCUCAUCCAACUGCACCAUUCUACGUCACUGGCUCUUCCGAUGGAUCUAUACGUGUUUGGAAAUGGGGCGGACGAGAGGUCGUUUAUACUGCGCGAGUAGCUGGCCAGCAUGCAAAAGUCUCUAAAAUUUCAUUCUCGUGUAAUGGCAAUAAGUUCGCUGCCGUUGACGGUGACGGAAUGCUCUGCCUUUGGCAGGCUAGUCAGUCCACAGAACAAAGGAAACCAUUCUUUAGCCAACGAUGCCACAACAAAUCAGCAUCUGACGUUCGUUUCCUCGGACACUCAUCUUCCGUUCUCGUCACUGCCGGAUCUUCAUCGCUUGAUUACAAUCUCGGAUUAUGGGAUACUCUGCUACCCCAGAAUCGUGCCCUUGUACAUUCCUGGGUUGCUCAUACAGAAGGUGCAACUUGUGCCAUGUAUUUACCAUGCCAGCAGACCAUUGUUUCUGGUGGUCGCCAUGGUGAAAUUUGUUUGUGGGAUAUUCGCCAACGGCAACUAAGAGCAACUAUUAAGGCUUUUGAGCCGACUCAAAUGGUCAAAGCUUUAGUCACCGACGUUUCUCAAGAUCUGAUAGUCGCGGGAUCUAGUGAUGGCGAUAUAAAAAUAUGGUCAGCUGAUUUUAAUCCUCAAUUGAUGUAUUCAUUGAUCGGGGAACAUGCGACAAAAAGUGGAUUUUCUUUCCGUCAAGUGGGACAAACAACUGUGCAAGGUGUUCAGCAAUUAUUUAUCGAUCAACAAAUGCAUCUAUUCUCUUGUGGAGCGGAUGCUUCUUUAAAAUUCCGAACUUUACCAUCAAUCUUCAACAUGACAAACUUAGUAUAG